UUAUCAUGUCAUUUAUUAUAAUUCAAAAUAAUCUAGGCUAGAGUGCUAGACCUCUAGAUCAGUCACCACUCACCACCUUUUGGCAAUCGUCAUUCAUCACCGCCGCUUGUCCACUGACCACUCGUCAAUCGUCRUACAAUACUCACCACUUGCUUAUCUGGGUCGGUACUCGCCAGUGUAAAAUAAUUAAAUAAUGAUGUUCAAUGUAAUAUGUAAACAUUACGACAUUAGUAUUUAUUAAUCAUUGGAAGAAGAUACCUACUUGUAAAUUAAGAACGUCUGAUCUGAAGAUUUUCAAGAUUAUAAUUUUUGAUAGUUUCGCAGGGUAUUCUGAGGUUGAAUCAUUUUAAUGCUUAAUGUAUGUUUAUAAUUAUAACAACAUUACAAUAAAUAAAAAAUUAUAUAUUUCACAAUCCUAAUCUAUAUUUACUAUUGAAAUAUAAUUAUUGAUAAACAAUCCUUUUUGAAAUGUCAAAGAAAAACAUUGCUGCAUUUACAUAUAAUAAAUAAAAGUCACAAUUUUUCAUCAGAAGAUCUAAAUAAGAAUUAAACUUCAAAGAAGGAUGUUGUUCCAACUGUUAAUGUUAAUAAAACUUCAAAAAGACAAAUCAUAGUAUAAUGUUCUGAACCUUACAGACUACAAUGAUUAUUUUUGCUGAAGUAAAUUAAACCUAUGAAGAAGCAUUAAGAAACAAUAAUUGCUAUUAAACAAGAAGAAGCAGAAGCAGAAGAAGAAGUUUAUAUUCAGACUGAUCUGCACAAGUGUGAUUGUUCAGCUAAAAGUUUACAUACCAACCGACUACCAUAUUAAACAAAAGUAGUAGAGUAAACCAAUUUUUUAAAACUGGUCGCACUAUUUGACGAUUGGAAAAUUUAUCAGAUUCAUUUUCAUUGGCUUAACUAUUCAAUGAAAUGGCAGACACAGAAAUUGAACAGAUAACUGAAACUGAUUUAAGUGUCAAAUUAAAUGGUAAUAUUCGUGCAAAUACUGAACAACUUAAACAAUCGAUUGAUUCCCGAAAAACCAAUAAAAUGAUCGAUAAGAAUGAACUGAACAGGGCUUCUAGUUUAAAUUCUGAUAAAAGUUGUAUAGAAAGUAGUAAAUCUUUAUCUAAUUGUAGUAAUGAUGGUGAGGAUGAUUGCUGUGAAAUAAAUGAUGAUGAUGAUGACAGUGAAGAUGAACACCAAAUUAAUAACACAAACUGUAAAUCUGAUAAUAGUAUUAUCGAAGAUGAUCAGACUCUUGACAGUGAAAAUGCAACCAUGAAUAGUGACGAUUUGUGUGAUCCAGAAAACAGUUAUAAUGGUACCAAAGAAAUAAAUAUCAAUGACAAUGAAGAACAAAUGGAAGUUGAUGAACAAAAAACAGAAGAUGAUGAACAAAUAGAUGAUGAAGAUGAAGAAGAUGAAGUAAUUGAUCAAAAUGAUACUGAAAGUAGGUCAAAUGAAAUAAAAAAAUCAUUAGAAGAUUCUAGAAUUAAUCUCGAUAAAUCUGUGACUAUUGUAAAAGUUCCAGAUCCAAAGCAAAAUUCAGGUAGUAGUGGUAAAAAAAAAAUGAAAAGUUUUCCUGACAUAACCUUAACUCCACGUAGAAGUUCACGGAAUAUUAACAAACUCAAAAGUUGUAGUGAUAAAGACGAAGAAAAAAAAGAUAGUGUAAUAGUAGAGGACAAUGCUAAAAAUUUACCUCAGAAAUCACCAAUGAUAACCAAACCAAUUGUUGUUAAUGACACUAAAAAAUUGGUGGAAAUUGCUGCUGGAACAAAACAAAAAAGUAAUAAAAAAGAACCGACCUUAGUUAUCAUUGAUACUAACAUGUUAACAGGGCGAAGUAACCUACCUGUUGCAGUAUCAGUGCAAUCAAAUACUUCAAGUAAUUCAAUGAAUGUCACUCAAACAGUAAGUAAAUCCAUUCAAAAUUCUUAUAAUCGAGUACAGCAUUCGCAAACUACUAUCAAGCCUUUCAUAUUAACUACUACACCAACUCCUGUUACAGUACCUACAAAUGUUCCCAAACCUCCAAUUAUAUUACCAACUCUAACUGAUGAUAUGUUUGUUGUUGAAGCUCCAUCUUUUAUUGUGCCUUAUGUUUAUGAAAAGCCACCCAAAAAACCAUUAAAAGAAUUUGUUGAAAAAAUUGUCAAAGUUAAAGUUACUAAAGAUGAAGACGAAAGUAAAAGUGAAGAAUCUUUAGAUAAGAGAAACGAAAUUAAUCAGAAAGAAAAAAUUAGUAAAAAAUCAGAAACUAAUGAAAAGAUGGAUGUUGAUGAGUCAGAAAAUGAGGUUUCUGGUUGUGAGAAAAAAUYAGAUGAUAGUAAAGAAAAUAGUUCUAAAACUAACGAAAAUAAUGAUGAACAAAUGUCAGUAGACGAAUCAGAGAGUACUAAAAAGGACGAUUCAAAAUCCAAAAAUUUGUCUGAGUCAACAGAUUUAAAAAAAAGCGAUAGCAUUACCGAUCUCACUGUUGACUCUGAUGAAAAGAAAAAUGAAGUUGUUAAACCAAAGAUUCAAAGUCCGAACUACUUUGAAAAUCCAUUAGGCAAGUUUUUCAUGCAAAUAGGCGUAAACCUUGUUCAAGAGCAUGUUCAACUCGAUUUAUUACGUACUCAGAGAAGAAAAAGAGAUCGCGAAGGUGAUAAAUGCCCCGAAGAAGUUCAUAUGGCUAUUAAUUCUUUAAUUAAAACUUUAGAGUUUAGUAAAGAGAAUAAUGAUCCAUUCCAAUUUGGCUUAAAAAAAUGCGAACUAUGUAAUUUUAAAUCUGAAUCAAGUUUAGUAAUGGCUCAUCAUUUAGAGACUCCACACAUGACAGCCAAUUACUGCUAUAGAUGUAAUUUUUGUACUUUCCAAGUACGCAGUCCUCAUGAAAUAUUACAACAUAUGGAUACUCAUAAUAUAAGAGGGCGUUUAGAAAGAGGUCCAGCUUUACAUCAAUGUCCAAGUUGUCCAUUUGAAGAUAGUUAUAAGGGUAAAUUAACAAGACAUUUGAUUUCUUGUUCGAAAAAAUAUCGACCAGAAAUAAAUCAGGCACCUCCAUUAGAUUGGGAACCUCCAGCAAAAAUACCUAGGGUGUUGCGAAAUAAACCAUCAAUGAGUCCCGGUAAUGCUGUUUACCAAGCAGCUAUGUCUGGAUUUAAACAAUUUCCCAAUCCUAAUAUGUUGCAAUUACAACAACAACAAUAUAAUAAAAUGGUUCUUGCAUCUGGUGUUAGAGCCCGUGGCCGUAAUGUUUUACCAGGACAGCGGUUUCCAGGAAUGGUGCCUUCUUUUCCAACCACACUGCCAAAUCAAACUUCUGGAGGAAUUUUGCUUAAGAAUACUAGUAUUAAACCAAUCAAUCAACCAAUUAUUGUCCCUACACCUUAUUCAAUGAAUAAUCACACAUAUCAGCAAAAUUCAAAUAGUAGUAAAUCUGUUCAACAGCCAAGUAUAUCUAUAACACCUCUGCCUAGAUCAUUUCCAUCAAAUAGCACACAGUCAGCUUUUGUAUCUACCUUAUCUAAAUCUAAACCUCAACAAACUCAGUCGUCAWCCACUUCAACUAAUAGUAGCAACAAACCAACUUUUGUAAUUUGUGAAAUAUGUGAUGGCUACAUUAAAGACCUAGAACAAUUGCGUAACCAUAUGCARUGGAUACAUAAAGUGAAAAUUCAUCCAAAGAUGAUUUAUAAUCGACCACCGCUUAACUGUCAAAAGUGUCAGUUUAGAUUUUUUACUGAUCAAGGUCUUGAAAGACAUUUAUUAGGAUCACAUGGUUUGGUCACAUCUAGUAUGCAAGAAGCUGCUAACAAAGGCAAAGAUGGUGGAAGAUGUCCAGUAUGUGGUAGAGUUUAUCAAUGGAAGUUAUUAAACCAUGUAAGCCGUGACCACUCUAUAUCAUUAAAGCCAGCGCAUUUAUCUUACAAAUGUACUGUUUGUACUGCAACAUUUGGCAUGUAUAAACAGUUUGAAAACCAUGUAUAUUCAGCACAUAGUAAUGUAGCUAAAAACUCUAGCAAGAAACCUCUCAGUAAUCAACCUGUUGCUUCUUCAUCUUCUUCAUCAACUUCUAUAACAUCUUCACCAAAGCCAUUAAAAAUAAACGAUGAAAUUACCAUAAUACCACAACCACCUAAGAUUCAAAAUCUGUCAGUUAAAAGUAGUAAUAGUAAUAAACCAGUUACAUCUGUUGGAAAACAAAGUUCAACUCAGUCAGCAAAGGCCAAAGUAUGAAAAUUUAAAAUAGUUUUGAAGAACAUGAACAACAUCAAAGGUUGUUUGGUUUACCCUGUUUACUCAAGAUGUUUUUAAUUUUGUUAACAUAUUAUCUGGUCACAAGAAUGGCAGGUAACAAUUCUAUUCGAAUUUAAGAAUUUGCCAAUUACAAUUUUUAUAAAUAUAAUGAAUAUUAUUAUUGUUGAUUUCAAAAUUGUAUUCUGUUUUUUGACCACGACAAACAGUGUGUAGACCUAUAUUUAAUAAUAUAUUACUAAAAGGUAAUCUAUGAAUAUACAAUUUGUUAUAAAUAUUACUAAUUAGAAAUAAUUUUAUAUUAACGUUAUUCCCCAGAAUAUUAUGUAUAUUGUGUAUCAUCUAUCCAUGACUGUAAAUAACAGUAUGUUUAUUUUCUCAGUGGAGGUGUAUCUAUUAUUUUUGUAUAUCAAACAAUCAAUUACACACUUUAUUUAAGUUGUUCCCAUCCUUUA